AAAAUUGGCAACACUAUUUAAAUAUUCAACAAUAUUCACCAACAACAACAACAAAGGAAACUUCGCUGCACAGCCAUAUUGACGAAAAAUUCUUGUGUCGUAUAUUCUUUUACUAAAAGAACACAUUUUACCAGUAAAAACGGAAAAAGUGAAUAGAUUUAUUGCAAUAUUAAAGAGUAUAUAACGGAAUACGAAGGACAUCAAGGAUAGUUUCAAUAUCUUUAUAAAAAUAUACUCCAAUACAAAAUGGGCACAAGGGAAGACGAAUAUGAUUAUUUAUUCAAAGUUGUUCUUAUCGGCGACUCUGGAGUAGGCAAAAGUAAUUUGUUGUCCCGUUUUACGCGCAAUGAAUUCAAUUUAGAGUCCAAGUCGACAAUUGGUGUUGAGUUUGCUACCCGUAGCAUAGAGGUUGAUGGUAAGACAAUAAAAGCGCAAAUAUGGGAUACUGCUGGGCAGGAACGUUAUCGUGCCAUCACAUCAGCGUACUACCGCGGUGCCGUAGGUGCUUUGCUUGUGUAUGACAUUGCCAAGCAUUUGACCUAUGAGAAUGUAGAGCGAUGGCUACGGGAGCUACGUGAUCAUGCUGAUCAAAAUAUAGUUAUAAUGUUGGUAGGCAACAAAUCUGAUUUGCGGCAUUUACGCUCUGUGCCAACAGAAGAAGCAAAACUUUUUGCCGAACACAAUGGACUUAGCUUCAUUGAAACGUCAGCAUUGGAUUCUACAAAUGUUGAAACUGCAUUCCAAAAUAUACUCACAGAAAUAUACCGUAUUGUUUCGCAAAAACAAAUCAGAGAUCCUCCUGAAGGUGAUGUUAUUCGUCCUAAUGUUGAACCAAUUGACGUUAAGCCGACUGUUACGGCUGACGUACGUAAGCAGUGCUGUCAGUGACCGCCUCAAGUCCAACAUGUUUUCAACUACAUUUAUGCAUAAAUACAGCAACAGUAAAAAAUGAUAAAAAAUGAUUUAUAUAAGAAAGGCAAAUUAUAUUUCAACAUUCUUAUCACCGAAUUGUGUUAUGGUGUUUAAUACUGAGUUGAAAACGAAUGUGGGUUCCUUUCCUACACCGAAUUAAAAGUAAAUCUAACAUAACCCAACUAUUGAACAACAAUAAUUAACACAUUUCUUCUUUAUUAUUAUUAUUAUUUUUUGUUUUUUUUUUUUUUUGAUUAACUAAAACUUAUUGUUUUGUUUUUUAGUUUAGUUUUUGAAAAAGUAUAUUUUCUCAUACGAUUUUAUUUGAACAUUUGUUCUUUUUAUGAAUAAAAAGAAUUUUUUACUCUUUAAAAUAAUUAAUUAAAAAAAAAAUAGUUUAAAUUUGUGCAUUAUUAAAUCAAACAAUUUAGAUUAAAAACGAAAGCAAAUAAAUAUAAAAAAAUUUUACUGAAUUUGUUCUCUCUUAGAUGCAAAGAAAUCUUAUGCUUUUUUAAAUGAAGUUUUAUAUAUAUAUAAAAUAUAAUUAUUAUAUUAUAUAAUUAUAUUGUACUAAAAUAUAAUUAUAAAUACACACGGAACACGGAACAAGAAUAAAAUUAAUUUAAUUUUGCACCGCUAACCUUAAAUGCAGAAAGUUGCGAGUGGAUAAUUUUUUUUUUUUAGAGUUUAAUUUAAAAAUUAAAUAAAAACAAUGAAACAACAUUACAGCAAGUUGUAGAUUAUUAAU